GUCCUUUCAUAGUUCUUGCGCGCUAGCCCGGAGGUGGUCCCCGCUUCCGCGGCCCUUCCACGGGAAGGAAGAUCGGGAAAGCUGGCAUGGGCAGUCCAUGCUGUGGCCACAUGUUCCUUGGUGUUUGAGUUUCGGCUGUGGGGUCUGGGCGUGCGCCGUCCACCCCGGAGAGAGGUCUUGGCGGAGGUCCUCUGGUGGGGAGGGGGCGUUGGCGUUGUCGCGUGCUUUUGGCGGGGCUUUGGGCCCAGUAUCUUGACCUGGAGGGGCCAGUGCAGGCCUGGGACCGACUUCCCGCGCUACUCCGCAGACCUUACCUCCAAAGACAGUGACAUUCUAAGGUACUGGGGAUUAGGAUGUCAAUAUAUGAAUAUGGGAGACAAGGAAUAAUUCAGCCUGGAACAGCUCCAAGUCACAAAUUUGAUUUGCCUCUGCGACUUGCCUCUCCUCUAGGAAGAGCACUCCAGAGAGCAGGGAGAUGGCGCCAGGACUCCUGACAACCAGGGAGGAGGCAUUGAUGGCCUUCCGGGAUGUGGCUGUGGCCUUCACCCAGAAGGAGUGGAAGCUAUUGAGUUCUGCUCAGAGGACCCUGUACAGGGAGGUGAUGCUGGAGAACUACAGCCAUCUGGUCUCCCUGGGAAUUGCAUUUUCCAAACCAAAACUCAUCGAACAGCUGGAGCAAGGGAACGAACCUUGGAGAGAGGAGAACGAACAUCUUCUGGACCUUUGUCCAGCAGAGCCUAGGACAGAAUUCCAGCCCAGUCUUCCCCACCUGGUGGCCUUUUCUAGCUCGCAGCUCCUCAGACCAUAUGCACUAAGUGGUCAUCCCACACAGAUCUUCCCAAGCUCAUCUGCAGGAAGUGACUUCCAACUAGAAGCUCCAAGAUGCUCUAGUGAAAAAGGAGAAAGUGGAGAGACAGAAGGCCCCGACACCUCAUUAAGAAAGAGGCCAAGCAGAAUUUCUAGGACAUUCUUCAGCCCACAUCAAGGUGACCUAGUAGAAUGGUUGGAAGGGAACACACAAGGAGGAAUAGACCUUCGCCUGGCCCAGAGGAUGAGUCCUGGGGGGUCAGACACAAUGUUGAAGGGAGUAGACACCUCAGAAUCUGGAGCAGUCAUACGUGGAAACUAUAGACUGGGACUUAGCAAAAAGUCAAGCCUGUUCAGCCACCAGAAGCAUCAUGUGUGCCCUGAAUGUGGGAGAGGCUUUUGCCAGGGAUCAGACCUUAUCAAGCACCAGAGGACACACACCAGGGAGAAGCCAUACCUGUGUCCAAAGUGUGGGCGUCGGUUUAGCCGGAAGGCCUCCCUCUCCAUACACCAGAGGAAGCACUCGGGGGAGAAGCCGUAUGUGUGCAGGGAAUGUGGGCGACACUUCACGUAUACAUCCUCCCUCACUAAUCACAGGAGGAUUCACUCCGGGGAGAGGCCCUUUGUAUGUCAGGAGUGUGGGCGAGACUUUCGCCAGAAGGCAGCCCUCAUUGUACACCAGAGGACACACACAGGGGAGAAGCCUUACCUGUGCCCCCAGUGUGGGCGGGGUUUCAGCCAGAAGGUCACCCUCAUUGGACACCAGAGGACACACACAGGGGAGAAGCCCUACCUGUGCCCUGAUUGUGAGCGUGGCUUUGGUCAGAAGGUCGCCCUCAUCAGACACCAGAGGACACACACCGAGGAGAAGCCUUAUCUGUGCCCCGAGUGUGGGCGCGCCUUUGGCUUUAAGUGGCUCCUCACCCGACACCAGAGGACACACUCAGAGGAGGAGCUUUAUGUUGACAGGGUGUGUGGGCAAGGACUUGGCCAGAAGUCACACCUUAUCUCUGACCGAAGGACACACUCGGGAGAAAAGCCCUGUGUUUGCGAUGAAUGUGGGCGCGGCUUCGGCUUUAAGUCUGCCCUCAUCCGGCAUCAGCGGACCCAUUCUGGGGAGAAGCCGUAUGUCUGCAGGGAGUGUGGACGUGGCUUUAGCCAGAAGUCUCACUUGAAUAGACAUAGGAGGACCAAGUCUGGUCAUCAGCUCCUACCCCAAGAGAUCUUCUGACCUUUCCUUUCCUCGUGAGUGUGAAGCUGGCAGAAAUCACCAGUAAAUGCUUCAGUUUCCUGAAAUGGGAUGGAAAAAGAAAAUGUUGCUUUCUUUCAUUGAUCAUGAGAUAGUUGAAUUUUGGUUGACCUUCUAUAUUCACAAUUUGUCUUGGCUUGCUAGGGAUUCCAUGACAAGGUGCCCCGGGUGGGGUGACUUUAACAACAGAACUCUGUUUUCACAUUUAUGGAGGCAGGAACUCCCAGAUGAAGGUAUUGGUAGGUUUGGCUGCUGCUAAAGCCUCUCUGCUUGGCUUGCGGAUGGCUGCUUUCUGGCCACAUCCUCACGAGGCCUUUUUUCUGUGUGUAUGCUUUUCUGGUGUGGCUUCCUCCUCUUGUAGGGAUACCAGUCAUUCUGGAUAGAGCCACAGCCAUAUGGCCUCAUUGAACCUUCAUAACCUUCUUAAAGGCGCUAUCUCCAGACACAGUCACACUACAGGGUUGGGACUUCAACAUGAAUUUUUGGGAAACCCAAUUUAGUCUAUAACACUCCACUACCAAAGUUCAGGUCCUUCAAACAUACAAAAUACAUUCACAGGAUCCCAACAGUCCCAAAAUUCUUUACCCAUUUCAACUUCAACUCUAGAUCCAAAAUCUCAUUUAAAUAUCAUCUAAACCAAGCGUGAAUGAGACUUUAGGUACAAUUCAUCCUUAGGCAAAAUUCUCCAGCUGUGAUCCUGUGAAACCAGACAGAUUAUCUGCUUCCAAAAUAUUAUACAAUGGUGGGACAAGCAGAGGCUGAACUUCCCCAUUCCAAAGGAGAGACAUGAGAAAGAAAUGAAGAAUGAUGGAUCCUCAGCAAGUCUCAAACCUGGCAAGGCAACUUCCAUUAGAUUUUAAGUCUUGAGAAGAAUCCCCUUUGGCUCAGUGCUCUGCCCUGUGGGCCAGCUGGAUUUUGGUACUGUGAUAGGGAUGCUUUGUAACCUAAAAUGUGGAAGUGGCUCGGAACUGGGUUCUUGGUAGAAAGAAGCUACAAGAGUUUUGAGGCACAUGUUAGGAAAAGCCUGGAUGACCUUUAAAACACUGCAGCCCUAGUUUUUGGGCUCACGGGAGCUGCAGUGUCGCUUCCUUGGCCCUGGGCAGUGGCUCCUGGCCCACUGAAAUUGAGAAGGAGACACACUUGCCCUCUAGCCCUGUACUCUCUGGACCCAUUAGAACCUUUGAGAAUCACAUUCUUCCCUUUUCUUGUACCUUCCUGUAGAAUCCCAGAAGUCCAACAGCCUGCCUUCAUUUGUCCUGUGUCUUUCUCUAUUCAGUUCAAGCUGGCAGCAUUUCUGGUGAGAUGGUUAACUGGUUCCAUUCAGACCUAUACCAAUCUCUUUAUCACAUGGUUGUCCAGCCACACCCUAGUGUUCUUUCGAGAACAUACUUUCUCAUUUUUUGUAAUGCGGACAGGCUGAGAAUUUUCCAAAUCUUUAAGUACUGGUUCUUUUUUGCUUAACAGUUCCUUCAAUUUAUCUUUCUCCUCUCACAUUUUACUAUAAGCAGCAAGGAGAAGACAGGCUCCACUUGCAUCACUUUGUGUAGAAAUAUCACCUGAAUAUUCUGCACUGCCUCACUCACAAUUUCUAUACUCCACAAAACACUAGAAUGCAAUUUGGGCAAGUCCUUUGCAAGGAUUCCAGUUUCCCGUUACCCAUUCCUCAUUUCUGUCUGAGACCUCACCACAAUCACCUUAAAGAAAAAAAAAAAAACAAAUUUUGUAGAUACGGGUUUUUGCUAUGUUGCUUAGGCUGGUCUCAUACACCUGGCCUCAAAUGAUCCUCCUGCUUUGCCCUCUCAAAGUGUGAGCCACCACACCCAGCCCAGAACCUUUAACAUCUACAUUCCUACCAACAGUGUUUUAAAGGUCAUCCAGGCUUUUCCUAACAUGUGCCUCAAAACUCUUGUAGCUUCUUUCUACCAAGAACCCAGUUCCAAGCCACUUCCACAUUUUAGGUUACAAAGCAUCCCUAUCACAGUACCAAAAUCUGUAUUAAUUUGCUAGGGCUAACGUAAGAAAACAACAGACUCGGUGCCUUAAACAAUAGAACCUUUAGCUUCUCACAGGUCAGGAAACUGGAAGUCCUAGAAUGGGGUGUUGACAGGUUUGGUUUCUACUAAGGCCUCUCUCCUUGGCCUGCAGAUGGCUGCCUUCCCUCUGUGGUGUCACAUAGCUUAUUCUUUGUACACACACUUUCCUGAUGUCUCUCGUUAAAAGGACACCAGUGAUAGUGGAUUAGGGCAACACCCUAAAGACCUCAUUUUAACCUUAAUUACAACUUUAAAUGUCCUGUAUGCAAAAACAGUUACAUUGGGGAUUAGGGCUCCAACAUAUGAAUUGCGGUGGGGAGGGACACAAUUUAGUCCAUAACACUCUGACUUCUGGACUUCCAAAAUUCGUGUCUAGCCAUGAGCACCUGCCACAGAGUGCUCUCCUGACCAUUGCUUUCCUUUCUCCAUAAGUGUGAAGAUGGCAGAAACCAAUGAUAGAUGUUCCACUUUCCUGAUAUGGAAUGGAGAAAAAAGAGUUGCUUUCCUUCAUUGAUCAUGAGAUAGUUGGUUUAUGCUUUACUUUCUGCACAGCUGUCCUUUGUAUUUUAUGGUCUUUUGUUUUAAUAAACUGCUUCUCUACAAAGCUGCA